AUGGCCGAAUCAAACGAUCAACAAUCACCCAAUGUUUCCACAAACAUGUCAAGAAGAUCAUCUAGUUCCUCUAGAAUGUUCAGUAUCGAGACUACAGUAACCAAAUUGCUUAUAUCUACAAAGCAUCUUCUUCAAGUAUUAACCCAAUGGUCAAAAGGAUUGGUUGGUGGAAAAGGUGUUUCAGAUGCAUAUGUCCAACUUGGUAAUGAUUUUAAACUAGUUUUCAAAUACUUUACUCAACACGAAAUAGAUGUUAGUGAUUUGGGUGAUGUUCCUUUACAAUUACGUCGUGUCUUAGAAUUGACUUUAAGAGAAAAACCAUGCGAUCAAACUUUAAAUAAAUAUUUAUUUCAAAUAAGAGAGAUUAUUGUUACAAUGUUAGAGAAAUUAAAAAUUAAACAAGAAUUCCUCAAAAACCAUAUGAAAAAGGACCCACAAACGGCAAGAUCAAGUCAAAACCAUAUUAGAAAUACAUCAGUAACUAGCAAUAUUUCGUUAGUAUCAACAACAUCUCCAAUUAAUCCCAACGUUAGUGAAAAGAAUCCAUCCAAACAACAAGACGGUAUUAGCAAUAAUGUCCAAAAAACACAGAAUAGUGAAACUGAGGAAGAUGAUAAAUCUGAAGACACAAUGAUAACCGCCAAUAGUAAACUUUCACCUGAUGGACAAGAGUCUUUAGUUGCACACAAUAAUAAAGAGAUGACUAUGGAAAAUAGUGAUGCACUUUCUCAAUUGAAAAAUGGCACAAAUAUUCAAAGACGUGCUUCCAAAAGAUACUCUGCUUACCAUAUGGCUAAGUUAACUAACCAAUCUACGUCAGAGGCAAUUGCAGCAGCGGCAGUAGCAAAUAUGUCAACUGUAAAUGUAAAUAAUAAUAACGUCCAUCAAAUUGAUAAUGACAACAACAACAAUAAUAACAAUAAAAAUCUAGCUAUAACAAACGAAAGUUCAAAUCCAAUUACAAACGAAGAUAUGGUGAGAAAUGGAGAUAAUAAAAUAGAAAAAUUUAACCAACCCAAUCCCCAUAUUUCAAUUUAUAAUGAUAAAGAUAUGUAUACAAUAUUUCUGAGAUUAGAAGGAAAAACCAAAAAAUGCCAUAUCCCCAAAGUCUCAUCUUUAAACAGUUUAAGAUUAUUGUUUGUGGAAAGAUUCGCUUAUUCACCUGGUAGCAAAAGUUUUCCAGAUAUUUACAUUAAAGAUCCUCAAUAUUCAGAGUUUUAUGAGUUAGAGGAACAUAAUUUAACAGAUUUACAAGAUGGAUCAGUUAUAGAACUUCGAUCAAAGGGGGAGUCCCUCCAAGUUGAAAAAUACAUGACUGAUGUUAUUGAAACAUUUAAAUCAGAGAUUAAAAAAUCACAAAAUGAAAUACUUCGAGUUGUUAAUAAAAUCCAAGAAAAUAAUUUCAAAAUUACUAAUACUGAAACAUCUUACGAUAUGAAAAACGAUUCAACUAAAAGUAAUCAAACAGAUAUACAACAAAUGUUACACAAUUUAUCAAUUUUAAAACAAAUAUACACAACUAACAAAAAGGAAACUAACGAAAAAAUCCAAACAAUCCUUUCUAAAGUGGAGGAAUUCAAAUCAAGUUCAUUUGAUUCAAACAAUGAAUUAUCAGGAGUCAGCACAUAUGUUGAAAAAUCCCAAGAUAAAUUAGGCGACAUUUCAGAAAACUUAUUGAGUAAAGUGGACGAUCUACAGGAUUUAAUUGAAAUUUUAAGGAAGGAUGUUGCAAAUCGUGGCGCUACUCCAUCUAAUAAAAGACUUGAAUCAUUAAACAAAGAAAUAAAAGAAGCAGAGGAAGAUCUUAAAAACAUGCAAAAAUUCAUUAGUACUGAAAAGCCACACUGGAAAAAGAUAUGGGAGGAAGAGUUAGAUAAAGUUUGUGAAGAACAACAAUUUUUAACUCUUCAAGAGGAUUUGAUUGUGGAUUUGGAGGAAGAUUUACAUCGUGCAUCUGAAACUUUUGAUUUAGUAAAAUUAUGUUGCGAAGAAAAAGAGAAAAAUCGGACCAAAACAAAAGUAAAUCCACCUAUCAUGCCUUUAUUAAAGCCUGGUACUUUUAAUCAAGUUAGAGAACAGGUACUACUAGAAGUACAAUCAUUAAACCCGGAUCAUGAAGGUAGACAGGAUGCAAUUGAAAGGGCAGAAAAACUUUGGGAAAGAGAAAAACUAUAUAAAGAAGAUGACGAAUUUAAGGAUGAAUUAGGGAAUUUUGUAGAAAACUCUUCCUUACGAAAAUCUGGAGGGGUUGAAGCUGUAGAACGAUUAAGACAACAAAAAGAUGCAGAGAAUUUAAGAAAUAAUUUUUCAAAUAAUUUUUGA